CACACAGUUAGUGAGAGAGAGAGGGAGGAGAGGAGGGGAGGAACUUCAAGGGAAAACAUCCACCCAUCUGCCGAACGCUAUUUUUAAGAAGUGGCUUAAGCUUGACAGACUGAGCUGGAUUUUAAACGUCAAAAAAAAAAGGAUAAUGAGGUGACAUUUAAUGAUCUAUCCUUUAUGUUUCUCAUGAUGUUUCUCUUGUUCCUGUUUGUGAUCCUCGUCAACUGCAAUUAUUUGGUGAACUACUGAGCCAUGAGUGUCCCGAUUGCACUUACUCUACUUGUGCUGUGUGUGGCCAAAGUGCAUUGUGAUCAGGACAGUCCAGCAUGUCCUCGGAAAGAAUCCUAUCCUGGUGUGCUGACCUUGAACGUGGGGUCAGAGGUCAUCCUGGGAUGCAGGGGCGAUGUCACUGUGGAUAGCGUCCCAUUAGUAAUGAGUACAAAACACAAAGAGAGACUUGGGAGAAGAGGAGAUGUAACUAGCCAUUGGAAAUCUCAAAAAGCCAGAGAGAGUCCUGGUACUACUGGAAUACACAAUCUACAAUCUGAGAACACUGCCACACCAGGCAAGCUCAAAAUUCAAACUGCAACUGGAGUAUAUGCUAAAGUCAGUGAAUCUGUAACCACUGCUAACAUGGCUAUAAGCUCAGCAAAGGUGCAAAUGGGAAGUGGGCAAGGUUUGCAGGCUGUUAAUCAAUCCACUAAACCCAACAGUGUGGGCAGAGUUACAGAAGAAGGAGGGGCUUUUAGCAUAACCCUGGAAAUGGGUUUGAGCACUGAGAGGAGCACCACCACAGAAUAUGAAGAGGAUGAGGACUAUGACGAGAAGGUGGAGGGAUUGAGAGUGACCAGGUCCAUUAAGAGGCAGGCACGGUGGACCCGGAAUGGUCAGCUCAUGCGAGAGCGUGUGGAAAAUGGUGGGGCUUUGAGACUUCCUGCGCUUCGGUUGACUGACUCAGGGAACUACAGCUGCUAUAGGAGAGGCAAACUAGUUUCAUCGGUUAAAAUCAGUGUUGGCAUCCCUCCAGAGAAACCUACCCUGUCAUGCUACAAGAAAUCCCACAUCAGCAAAAUCCGGUGUGAGUGGAUAUCUAGACAGCCCAUCAUCCCACAGCCUCAGUGUUGCAUGUUCCUCAGGAAAGGAUUGGAGAAGAUUUCCCGUGUGAAUUGUUCGUACUCUGUUAAGCACUCCCGCUGCUGGUGUGCGUUACCUAGUGAAGGGAUUGACAGAAGAUCCUAUACAGCUCAACUGUGUGUGACUAAUACAGCAGGCAAUGCCACAAGUUCUCCAUACAACUACAUUCCUCAAAACAUCAUAAAGCCAGAUCCUCCAGCUCGAGUUGUAGUAAAGUCAGUCAAGGGUGAGCCUCACACGCUGAAGGUCUCCUGGUCUUUACCUGCCACCUGGAAGCAGAGCUUUUACUACAUCCUUUGUUACCAGCUGAGAUAUCGUCCUGAGCAUGCCAAAGAGUAUCAGCAGGUAGACAUAGAGGAUGCAGAGCUCUUCUGGUUGAUUUCAGACGCUCUGUCACAUGUUCGGUACGAGGUUCAGAUUCGUGCAAAAGAUGAGUAUGAUGGACAGUGGAGUGACUGGACCAGAUCUGUGUAUAACUACACAUGGACGGCUCCUGAAACCACUGUUGCCCCUGACAUUAAUACCAGUCUGGGACCAAUGUGGAUAUUUCCUGAAGGUUCUGGGGGGUUGGAAGAUGAAGUAGAGAUUAGACCUGCUGCUGACGGUGAUGGUGUAAUGUGGGUGAAUGUGAUGUGCGUAGUGGGAGUCUGUCUCCUUUUCACCUUCGUUAUAAUCUCUGUCUACUCUCUCAGAAACAGAAUGCCAUUGAUGUCUAAAAAGAAAAAGGAGAGUGUCUCUUCAGCCUGCUCUUGUUCCUCUCCUACUCCUCUCCUUCAGCAGCCCCUGAUGACUCAGACAAGCAAUCAUCAGGAAGGGGAAGGGGAAGGCAUCUACUUACACAAUGUGGACUACUUUUUUUCUCCCAGUGAAUCUUAUAGAUCUUGAGUAAAGAAUCUGUUACAGUG